AUGGGAAUUUUGCCAUCAAAACAAGUAAAGAAAUUGGAUUCACGACUUGCUCUUUUGGAAUCACUUGUUCAGUCAAAAACUGUUCACCUUCUUACAGUCAAUGAAAACAUUAGGACAAUCUUGGCAGUAAGAGACGAGGGCACGGAUGAAUUUGUAGAAAUACAUAAUUACUCCUCACAUCCUGCCUUAAUAUCUCAACUGGAUGGGUUAUUCAGUCAAUCAACAAAAUCUGAUACAGACAUUGGUAGAAAUAUACUUGUUGAUUCAGGUGUGCACUCAGAGAAAACACUCCAAAAUAGUGAUCAGUUGGUUCAGCCUUAUGUGCUACAAGAGACAGAGAUACAGCAUCAAUCGUUUCCUCCACCGCAACUGGUACAGCCUGCAUUGUUAAAACCACAUGAUCGGUUAGAGCAUUUGUCAAAGCCUGCUUCACCAAAGACAACUGAACAAUCAUCAGAUAGAUUUAUCGGACCAAGUGUAGCUUACAAUAUCAUGUUGAACACAGUGUGUGAAGAGAUAGAAUCAUCAGAUUUAGAAAAAAUCAAAUUUAUCUUGCGAGCUGAUCCUUGUACUGACAAUCCACGGUCAAUUCCUGCUCGCUACCUGGAAGCUAUAAAAUCUACAAGAGACUUGAUGAAUGAACUUGAAAGACACGCCCUCCUUUCUUCUUAUAAUCUACAUUUCUUACAGUAUCUCCUCUUUUGUAUUGGUCGAUUAGACCUGCAUAGGAAGGUUCUACAAUUUGGUAGAAAUAGAGGAAAUGCACUGCGAUUCUUUGAUUCAAACAGACAAGAUCAAGAAGACACUGGAUAUGGUUAUGUGAACUUCCAUUUUGAAGGUAGUAUAUCCCACUUUGAUAUGGACGACCUGGAAAACUUCCGUUCUUAUCUACAACUGGAGCUGGGUAUACCGCGCGAAUGUAUUAAUGUGACAGCCAUCCAGUCUGGAUCUGUAGUAGUAACUUUUCAGUUACCUGAUUGCAUUAUUCCUGGAGUGCGUGAGAUAUUAACUGAAAGAGUUGAUAGUCUGAAGACAUAUGGUAUUAUAGCCAUUCAAAUAAAUGGACAAAGUUUAAUUAGAAUCUCAAAGACAGAUGCAGUCCGAAUUGCACGCACAUCCAAACCAUUCAUUCCGAGCAUAAUAAAGCGGUGUUCAUCAGAUUCUGCACUUGAUGAUCGAACUAUCCAAUAUGGCGCCAAGAUACCUGUAGUUGAAAGAGAACGACACAAUCUGAAUAGAUCACUAAAGAAGGCACAUGAAAGAGUUGAGCAUGUAGAAGACUUGGUACUGCAGAACCAUGACAGCACAAGAAAAAUGGGAAGAGUGUGGCAGCUUGAAUUACAACAAGCCGAGGAGAAAGUUGCCAUGGUGAUAGAAAGUAAAAAAACUCUAGAAGCCAGGCUAGAAGAUGUAUUGCAGGUGAAUGCAGAGCUUGAGGCAAAAGUGUUGCACCUUGAGAAAAAAAAUGAGAAUAAAAAUGAGAAUGAUUGUAAUGUAAUACGAAAACACAAGUCUAAGUUGAAGACUGAACACACUGACAGUAAAAGCAUCGAGAUGGCUGAAGUGAAGGACAAAGCCGUAGUCUCACCAAGUUCCACGCCUGCAAAACAAGCAUGGUGGGGACGACUCGGCAGACAGAAGUCAAGUCCUGAUCUUCAAUAUGAAAAACUGUUGUCAGAGAACUCAAAGUUGAAAGAAGAACUGAAGAGAGUACAGAGUAUAAGUGAAGAGAAAUUGUCUGAAAUGGAGAAAUUCAUCAAUGUUCCAUUAGAAAUGGUACCGAUGCUGUCAACAAGGUCAAAACUGGAGAAUAUUGUUUUUUUAGCCGAUGAACUGUACAGGAGAGAAGAAAUUCACAUGAAAUCCUUGACUGACAAUAUGCAAUUUUUGAAAGCACAGUAUAAGGAAUGGCAGAUUGAAAAACAGUACUCGAAUGAUAGUACAACAACAAAAGAGGAGAGUGAGAUGAUUCAAAAUAUCAUUGCAGCUUUUUUUGUUUGGGAGAUUAUGAGUGAAUUGCAAAACAGGUUUUCAUUCAUGAAACGUAAUGAAUGCCAUCAAAUUGAAAAAGUAGAAGUAGAAGAACAUGAUGAGAAUACAGGGAAUGAUGUUACUGUACAGGAUGGAUUUAAAGAUGAUGAUGAUGCGGUUGCUAUGGAGAUGACCAAGAAAGUGGAAAUGGUGCAGAUGAAAGGAAAUGCCAAGACUUUUGACAAGCACGAUAAGCCUGAAAUAAUUGCAGAGUUAGAUAAACAAAAAGAUGAUGGUGCUUCCGCCUUUCCAAAGUCAGAGUCCACAGUGACAUAUCCAAAGGAUGAAAAGAAGGAAGUAGAAAGAGAACCUUUGUUUCUAGAUCCAUUUAUUGCAGCUCUUUCCAAUGUAUUAGCCAUGACUGUGUAUGAAAUGGCCAAUGAACCAGGCUAUAGAGGAGCUGCAGCAGCAUAUCAGAUGCCAUGCAUGAUCUCUGGUGUGACAUUGUCUGGUAAUUCAAGACACUGCACUAGUUCGUCACACAAGGACAAUGGUACGACUGCAUCAUAUGGGGGAGCAGCGGCCUCUAGUUUGACAUUGUCUGGUAAUUCAAGACACUGCACUAGUUCGUCACACAUGGACAAUGAUAUGACUGCAUCAUAUGGGGGAACAGCAGCCUCUGGUUUGUCCGUAUUUGGUAAUCCAAGACAAAUUGACCAAAAAAUACAUAAAAUAUCUUUCGAAGACAAAGACAAGAAAGAAACUGUUCUUGUAUCCGUGUACCUUGAAGAAGACAUUCAGUUACAUAAACCACAAUGGGCUUUUCAUUGUGAAAUAGGAGACAAGUUCAGACAACUUGUGAUAGAGAUUGGACUACUGGUUUUUGAAGAGACCAAACUGACCCAGUUUUUUGUUACCAAUAUGAAGAAAGAAGUGAUAGACUUAUCAUCGAUAAUUGAUGGAAAAGAAAAAGAAAUAUGUGUGAUUAUUUUCUCAGCAAUGGAUGACACUAAUGAGCCAUGGAUAUGGAGGAUGUGUAAGGAGGGUGGAAUACAGUAUAAUGAAACUGCUGAUCUAACCACAGAAGAGCAGUACCGCAGACAUCAAGCUUCAAAAUCAUUGGCAUUUCCUAAGAAUUGUAAAUUUCAAUCCAGUGACAGUAUGAGAACUUUACCUGCGUAUUUAAUGCUACGUAUCUGCUCUCAUUUCAAACCAGCAAGUUGUGGCAAGAGCUGGGUGAAUUUAGCAA